CAGGUUCUGGACCUGACUAAAAAUCAGCUGAAUGUCUUCCUAUCCCUCAACCCAGUUUGGCCCAAUAUGACGAAGCUGUUUAAGCUUUUACUACGUGGCAAUGGUCUGACGGUUCUACACCCUGGUCAGUUCCUAAACUGCCCUGCUCUCAUAAUACUGGACCUGAGUGAGAACCAGAUCAAAUAUCUACCAAUCGGAUUCCUCCAUGGAUUGGCUAAUCUAAAGACACUGUAUGUGAACUUCAACCAGAUUCAAAUGUUACAGGUUGGUGGAUUGCAAGGAGCCUUUGCCCUCGCUAGCCUCUACUUAAGCCAUAAUAACAUAACAAAGAUAGAGGAAGGUGUGUUCAAGAACUCAGCUGUGCUGGAGAAACUUGUUCUGUCCAAAAACAGAAUCACAAGUGUGGACGAGGCCAGCUUCAAAGGAGCGACAGGUCUCCUACACCUCGACCUGAGUGGCAACAUGCUGGUCACUGUUCCAGCUGCAGCACUGAGGGAUGUAAACAGGCUCCGGCAUCUGUAUCUACAGUCAAACAGCCUCAGCAGCCUUCCAGAGGAAUGCUUCUCCUCACUGAGCCUGUUGGUUAUUCUAUACUUGAGAAACAACAAGCUGACCACUCUGUCUGAGGGAUCCCUGAGAGGUCUGACCAUGCUGAAAGAGCUGGACCUCAGUGUCAACCUCAUAGAUUCUCUUUCUUCUAAAGUCUUCAACAACCUGAGCAGCCUUGAGUCACUUGAUUUGUACAGGAACAGACUUACAUCUCUUCCUCUGGAUGUAUUCAGUAACUUGAAAAACCUGGGAGAGCUGCAGCUGGACAGCAAUCAGAUCUCUGUCAUACCAGUUGGGGUGUUUGAUCUGCUGUCCAGCCUCAAAGAGCUACAGCUGUCGAACAACAGCAUCGGGGAGCUCCACCCUGCUAUUUUCAACAAGCUCAAGUCACUACAGAACCUGUACUUGGAGCACAAUGCUCUUAGGCACCUUCCCAAAGGUAUUUUCCACAAGAUAAGGAACCUCAAGGAAAUACACCUCAAUGACAACCACAUCAAGUCUCUACAUCCCUCAGUCUUCCAUGGUUUGGUGAAACUAUAUUUGUUGAGUCUCUCCCGCAACCAUCUCUCCUCUCUACACCAGGCCCAGUUCAGUGACCUUGUCAGUUUAAAAGAGUUAAAACUAGAUGAAAAUCGCAUAGAUAACCUUAACAAAGGGCUAUUCAUGAAUCUAACAAAUCUUAUAACACUGGAUCUGGAUAACAACCGUAUCUCAGAGCUGUCUCCUGAUGACUUUGUAAGGUUGACCCGCCUUAAAGACCUCAUGCUGAACUUCAACCAGCUCCAUUACAUCCCUUUCAACACCUUCUAUUUCCUCCGAAACCUUCGCAGGCUUAUGCUAAAUAACAAUAGCCUGGACAGUUUACACCCUCAGCUCUUUGCCCAACUUUCAAACCUAACAGAACUCCACUUGGAUGGAAACAAACUGGAUCACUUGCCGCCUGAUGUAUUUCGAGGACUUUCAAAUCUCCAGAAACUGAGUCUGAAGUCCAACCGGUUCAGAUCAGUGGAGCACGGGACUUUUGAGUUCUUAAGAAACCUGAAUGCCGUCUAUCUGUCAGGUAAUCUGUGGGAUUGCACAUGUGCACAUAUUGUCUACAUCAGCUGCUGGGUCGACACGCACAGAGACAAGCUCGGAGACCAACCCAUCUGCUUGCUCUCCUCAUCGUCAAACUGCACUUCUGCACACUCUCCUUACUCACCCUUCACCAGCUCUACUCAGGAUACACCGGUCUCACAGGAAGCUCUCUCUCCCCUGUUGUUACAAGAUCAUUGCAUUACAAGUGCUGCAAGUGGCUCAUCACCUUCACUUCCUCUAGAAAUGCUGAAUCUGCUCACAUUUGUUCUUGUAGCUGUCAGCCCAAUGUGACAUCUUUUGUCGCGGUUAAGUCCUCUUCUUUGCUUUUCCUGUCUGUUCUUGUCUUUGCACCACAAUCUCAAUGUAUUGUAAGUUGGAAUAUCUGUAGAUGAAUUCAACAACUGUGUAAGAUACAUUCAGGGAAAAUUUACACUGUAAUAAUGUGAUCAUGCCAAAGGGUAACAUUUGAAAGCAUUAAGAGGAUUCUUGCAAAACUGGGAAAUAACUCUUAAGACCAUUAAAUCUGGGUAUAUUAAAUGUGUAUGAACAUUUAUGCUUUGGUAUGCAAAUUCUAGCAAAAAUACCUCAACACUGGACAUCAUGGACUCUAGUCUAGUGACUGGUUUUGUAUCUUGAUAUUGAGUUAGAGUCUUACUUAAAGGCAGUGAGGGUUGAGCAUGUGUUCAUAAAUACUGUAAAAAUAAUUGUCGAGUGUGUUUGUGUGUGCAUUUGAUUUGUACAGCAUAACACUCAAAAAGAUUUUAAACUCUUUAUGCUUCUUCCAAUGCAUUGUAAAAAUCAAUAAAACUCACAAGAUUUCAAUUUCAAUGUUUAUCAGUUUGACUCACAGUCACAAAGUUGAGAUAUAACAAAUAUACACUCCACAAGAGAAGUUACAGAGGAAACAUUCUGAACAUCAGUGAGCACAUCAGCUCUAAUAAAGCACUCAAGGCAACUUUGUUUCCAGAAACUCACAGUUGUAUUGUAUGAAAAAGGGCAGGAAAGCACUCUUCAAGUUGGUUAAUAAAUGUCAGUCUUAAAAAUUCAAAAGGGUUGUUUAAAAAUCAGGAAUCUCAUUUUAUAUCUCUUAGCAAAAUGCUGAUAAAUUGAUUAAAUUGUGGCUGGUAAGACUGUUUAUGACUCCUCUAGUAAUUUAGGACUCUGACAAUAAUGACUGACAUUUUUUAAUCUAUUUGCCACUUUGGCCACUGGGUCAAGAAUUUCAUUUAAAGGGAUGUCUCUUCUUACAAUUCUGCUGUUAAGUCUAAUUCUGUUUUUUUGUUGUAGUACCGAGCUGCAACCUGACCUGAUUUAUUUUGGUUCUUUUGUAGAACAAGCUGACUGUAACGUUUUAAACUUUCACCCAGACAUCUACCAGCAAACUCUGCUUACAAAUAUAUUUGAAUAAAGAACUAAAAGGCUCUCGGUUCAUGCAGAUUCCUCCAUGAUACUUUUGUCCUUUCCGGUGUCCAUUAAGACGCACUUCUUCUUUUCAUGAUCUCUUGUACCUUAUUCAAGCUGUCAUACCUGUUUGAC